AUGGCACAUUCCGUCUUCCGCAAGGGCGGUGUUCCCGCUCUCGCUUUUCCCGCGUCUGAGGAUGCAUCUUCCUCGUGUCUCUGCACCCUCAUCGUCAAGGUCAACGAGCCAACCAGGCAAGCCACCAUUAAACUACAAGUCGGCGUUCCCGUCCAAGGCUUCGACACUGAGCAGCGAAUAACCCUCGUCUACGAUGCCGACAACUUCAAGCCUGGAACAACUACGGUCAGCAAUGCGACUGUGUCUCCUUCACAAACGGAGCAGAUUGCGCGGUCGCGUGGGGGUAUCAAGCUGUGGUCGCUGGGCCUAGUCCUCAAACACCCCUGCGUUGUACUCUAUCCCCCUUCGUCUGGCAACAUUGCUCCCAAAUACGCCUCGGAUACUCGCUUCCAACAACUUAUGGUGCUGGCCAAAGCAACGCGGCUGAACAUCGUGUUUGACUCUGCCUGGUUGCAUCCAGAUAAGGCAGCACAAUUUCGCUGCCUGACCGAUAAAUUGGAGCUGACUGGGUUUCCUCGUAAUUACACGAAGAUAGUUAGAGAAGCAGAUUGGACCAUUUUCAGCCCAGUUGAAGCGGCGCCACCUGAGUCCCCUCCUUCGUAUGAUGAAGUAUCGUUGAAGAGACCGCGACAGUCACGUACAAGCUCGCUCCAGGCUCCCACGCCGAAACGCAUACUCCUUGAUGACGGCACCGAGUUUGACCCGGGGACGCCUACCGAGAAGGCCACGACAGAAGCAGCAUCGAACCCGCGGCUGCUCCCAUCUUCGCCGCCUACUGGCCCAGUCUAUGUCCAAGAUGCGGUCGAAAACGCUGUCGCGAAACUUCUUCCUGACGCCCUACAAUCCAUCCUACCAGGCAUGCUUACCCGCAUGUUCGCCGUUCCCACCUCGUCUCCUCCACCUCAAACGACCCCAGCCGCGCUGGACCCGAUGUCCCCACUCCGCAGAAUCAUCCGCAACCACCUGACCACUCACGCGGACGAACUCGCGAAGCAGAUCACGAUGGACACACACGGGCAUGCACUCGAUCUCCGUGAUACAGCCGAUAUCGAGCUGCAAGAGCACAUUGACGACCACCGGCUCGAGUUUGAGGUCCUUAAGGAGGACGGCUUGAUGGAAAUACGUCGACUAUACGACACCAAGCUGGAGGAGCUCGAGGAACGUACCGCAGAGCUAGUGGAGACCGUGGAGCUGGAGACCUCUGAGGCAUAUACUACCGCAAAAGAGAACCUGGCUGAGUUCGUGGGCAGGCAAAGGAUGGAGCUGCUUAAGGAGAUGUUGAGGGUGGAGCGGUGGCCGCGAAGUGUUGCAGAACCUGCAAAGCGGGCAAGAUCGGUGCCGCUGGAGGUGAGGUGGUGA